CAUUCACUAGCAAUAUCUCUCUAUAGUAUUCUACACCCAUGUGCCUUCAUGAAAUAUUUCACUAUGUUUGUGGAAGAACUAUUCCAAUGAACGUGCUUUUUCAGGAAUGGUGACACCAGAAUGUUAUAAAUCUGUUCAUUACCACAACAAGGAUAAAUGGUAUUUCUGCCAAAGACUUUUGAUAGCCGGUACAGUAAUGAAUCUCAGCACUCUCUGAAAUUAAAGGUCUGCCCUGAGAGCGAGAACUGAAACGAAUGGGGAUUGAACUGCUUUGCCUGUUCUUUCUAUUUCUAGGAAGGCACGAUCACGUACAAGGUGGCUGUGCCAUGGGAGGUGCAGAGACCUGCGGAGACUGUUUGCUCAUUGGACCUCAGUGUGCCUGGUGCUCUCAGGAGAAUUUUACCCAGCUACCUGGAGUUGGUGAAAGGUGUGAUACUCUAGCAAAUCUUCUAGCUAAAGGAUGUCAAGAAAACUUCAUCGAAAACCCUGUCUCCCAAGUAGAAAUACUUACAAAUAAGCCUCUCAGUGUAGGCAGACAGAAAAAUAGUUCUGACAUUGUUCAGAUUGCACCUCAAAGCUUGAUUCUUAAGUUGAGACCAGGUGGUGAACAGACUGUGCAAGUGCAAGUCCGCCAGACGGAGGAUUACCCAGUGGACUUGUAUUACCUCAUGGACCUCUCGGCCUCCAUGGAUGAUGACCUCAACACAAUCAAAGAGCUGGGUUCCCUGCUUUCCAAGGAGAUGUCUAAGUUAACUAGCAACUUUAGACUGGGCUUUGGCUCCUUUGUGGAAAAACCCGUCUCCCCUUUUAUGAAAACAACGCCAGAAGAAAUCGCCAACCCUUGCAGUAGUAUUCCAUACUUCUGCUUACCUACAUUUGGAUUCAAGCACAUUUUGCCAUUGACAAAUGAUGCUGAAAAAUUCAAUGAAAUUGUGAAGAAACAGAAAAUUUCUGCUAAUAUUGACACACCUGAGGGUGGAUUUGAUGCAAUUAUGCAAGCUGCUGUGUGUAAGGAAAAAAUCGGCUGGCGGAAUGACUCCCUCCAUCUUCUGGUCUUUGUGAGCGACGCCGAUUCUCACUUUGGAAUGGACAGCAAAUUGGCAGGCAUCGUCAUUCCUAACGAUGGGCUCUGUCACCUGGACAGCAAGAAUGAAUACUCCAUGUCAACUGUCUUGGAAUAUCCAACAAUUGGACAACUCAUUGACAAACUGGUGCAAAAUAACGUGUUACUGAUCUUUGCUGUAACCCAAGAACAAGUACAUUUAUAUGAGAAUUAUGCAAAACUCAUUCCUGGAGCUACAGUAGGGCUACUUCAGAAAGACUCUGGGAACAUUCUCCAGCUGAUCAUCUCCGCCUAUGAAGAACUCCGGUCUGAGGUGGAACUGGAAGUAUUAGGAGACACAGAAGGACUCAACCUCUCAUUCACGGCUAUCUGUACCAACAGGUCCUUCCCACAGCAGAAGAAAUGCUCCCACAUGAAGGUGGGAGACACGGCUUCAUUCAACGUGUCUGUGAGUAUACCAAACUGCGACAGAAAAAGCAGGCACAUUAUCAUAAAGCCUGUGGGGCUGGGGGACACCCUAGAAAUACUUGUCACUCCAGAAUGCAACUGUGACUGCCAGAAAGAAGUGGAAGUGAACAGCUCCAAAUGCCACAACGGGAACGGCUCCUUCCAGUGUGGGGUGUGUGCCUGCAACCCUGGCCACAUGGGUCCUCACUGCGAGUGCGGGGAGGACGAGAUGAACACAGAUUCCUGCAAGGAGGCCCCGGAUCACCCCUCGUGCAGUGGAAGAGGCGAUUGCUACUGUGGGCAGUGCAUCUGCCACUUGUCUCCCUACGGAAACAUUUAUGGGCCUUACUGCCAGUGUGACAAUUUCUCCUGCGUGAGACACAAAGGGCUGCUGUGUGGAGAUAACGGCGACUGUGACUGUGGCGAGUGCGUGUGCAGGAGUGGCUGGACCGGCGAGUACUGCAACUGCACGACCAGUACGGACUCAUGCAUCUCUGAAGACGGGGUGCCCUGCAGCGGGCGAGGCGACUGCAUCUGUGGCAAGUGUGUUUGCACGCACCCGGGAGCCUCAGGACCGACCUGUGAACGCUGUCCUACCUGUGGCGAUCCCUGCAACUCUAAACGGAGCUGCAUUGAAUGCCACCUGUCGGCAGAUGACCAGGCCCGAGAAGAGUGUGUUGACAAAUGCAAACUAGCUGGUGUGACCAUCAAUGAAGAAGAAGAUUUCUCAAAGGAUAGUUCUGUUUCCUGUUCUCUACAAGGAGAAAAUGAAUGUCUUAUUACAUUCCUAAUAACUACAGACAGCGAAGGGAAAACCAUCCUUCACAGCAUCAACGAGAAAGACUGUCCAAAACCACCAAACAUUCCCAUGAUCAUGUUGGGGGUUUCACUGGCUAUUCUUCUCAUUGGGGUUGUCCUACUGUGCAUUUGGAAGCUGCUUGUGUCAUUUCAUGAUCGCAAAGAGGUUGCCAAAUUCGAAGCAGAAAGGUCAAAGGCCAAGUGGCAAACGGGAACCAAUCCACUGUACAGAGGCUCCACCAGCACCUUUAAAAAUGUAACCUAUAAACACAGGGAAAAACAAAAGGUGGACCUUUCCAUGGAUGGAUAGAACUACUUCAUGCACAAAAAAAUGUCUGUUUCACUGAUAUGAAAUGUUAAUGCACUGCUUAAUUUUUCUUUCUUUGUUGCUUCAAAAAUGAGCUUGGUUUAAGAUAAUAAUAGGUCAUUUGGAGAUCAGUCAUUCUCUGUAUGAAGGUUAGAGACUAUGUUGGCAGGUUCAAAAUAAUCAAGAAGAGAAAUACCUUAGCAAAGGGGUGACUUUGGGGAUCAUUUGAGGAAUAUUCACUCUGUUGCAUUAAUGCCUCAAAAAAUCAUCAAAAUGAUUCAUGGGAGCCUGAUCUGCAUUUGAAAAAUGUUUGAAAUUAGAAUCUCAUUUAUACCCAGAAUAUAGCUACCUGAGGUCUUUGUCUCAGCCAAGUCACAAGGCCCAUAUGUUCCCAUUACAUAUGCACAUUCUCCAACUUAUUCCAAACUUUUAGUAAAUGUGCCUUUCCUAAAGGAGGAUUUCUUUUUCUAAGAGAUUCUGAUUUUACUUCAGCUGAAAGAAUGCAAUUCUCUAAAGAAAUCCCAAAUGUAAGAAUGAAAAUCAAGUGUUAAUUACUGUGGAUUUGUUUGAACCUAAAAGUCAGAUACACAAGUAAGUGUUUUAUUUGUUUUACAGAUGAGGAAGAAGUAAUUUAUAAUUUUAGGAAGUCACCAGUAAAAAACAAAAA